CUUGAAGGAGGACAGCAGGGGAGGGAAAUAAUGAGUUAGCAGUAAAGCAGUGUGCCAGAAAGACGCCUACCCCUGUCGGCGUCCAUGGGCAACGCCCAGGGACCACUCAUUCGAAUGUGGAACUUAUUCUAAAGCCACUGGGCGACACGACAAUUUCUACCGGGGUGGCUGUUGGCCUAUGAUGGAACGGGCGAUGGAGCAGCUUAACGUACAACUCAGCCGGCUUACCCGCUCCCUGCGUCGGGCCAGGACGGUGGAACUCCCCGAAGACAAUGAAACUGCAGUGUACACACUCAUGCCAAUGGUGAUGGCUGACCAGCACAGGUCAGUGUCAGAGUUGCUGCUCAACUCCAAGUUUGAUGUGAACUAUGCAUUUGGACGUGUGAAGAGGAGCCUACUUCAUAUUGCUGCCAACUGUGGAUCAGUGGAGUGUCUUGUUCUGCUGCUGAAAAGAGGUGCCAACCCAAACUACCAGGACAUCUCAGGAUGUACCCCACUGCACCUUGCAGCGAGGAAUGGACAGAAGAAAUGUAUGGGCAAACUACUGGAAUAUAACGCUGAUGUCAACAUUUGCAACAACGAGGGACUAACGGCUAUUCAUUGGUUGGCAGUGAAUGGGAGGACUGAACUUCUCCACGAUUUGGUCCAGCAUGUGUCCAACGUUGAUGUCGAAGAUGCCAUGGGACAGACAGCAUUGCAUGUAGCUUGUCAGAAUGGACACAAAACUACGGUGUUGUGUCUGCUGGACAGUGGAGCUGACAUCAAUCGACCAAACGUCUCCGGGGCCACGCCCCUUUACUUUGCCUGCAGUCAUGGCCAGAGAGACACAGCACAAAUCCUACUUUCUCGAGGAGCCAAAUAUCUUGCUGACAAGAAUGGAAUAACUCCUCUUGAUCUCUGUGUGCAGGGAGGAUACGGGGAGACUUGUGAGAUUCUUAUUCAGCACCAUAGCAGACUCUUCCAGAUCCUCAUUCAGAUGACACAGAAUGAUGACAUAAAAGAGAAUAUGCUCCGGCAGGUUCUGGAGCAUGUUUCUCAGCAGAGUGACUGUAAUUAUCAGAGGAUCUUGACAAGUCUGGCUGAAGUUGCCACCACUAAUGGGCACAAGCUGCUCAGCCUGUCCAGCAGCUACGAUGCUCAGAUGAAGAGUCUCCUGAGAAUUGUUCGCAUUUUCUGCCAUGUAUUCCGCUUGGGACCCUCAUCUCCCAAUAAUGGCAAUGAUAUGGGCUACAACGGCAACAAGACCCCUCGUAGUCAGGUCUUUAAGAUGCGUAUGAGACAAGUGGAGGCUAUUCCAAAAGACACAUGCUCUUGGACAGCUUCUGCUUUUUUAGAUCCGUUGGAGCUGCUUUGGCAUUCGCUGGAUGAGUGGCUUGUGCUAAUCUCCACUGAGCUGGACAGAAACAGGAAGAACCCGUCUUCCACAUCUUCCAGCAGUGAGAUAGCCUCUCUGAUUCUCAAGCAGCGGGAGGUCGACCACUCUAACGCCACACCAAAGCUCUCCACCUCACUGGACGCUCAGAUUGUCAUGGAAACCGAGGUGUACGCCGAAGGAGAAGACGUUAUCUCCAUGACAGCCAGUCGGCUCAGUGCUGUGAUCCAGGCCUUCUACAUGUGCUGCUCCUGCCAGAUGCCACAAGGAAUGACAUCCCCUCACUUCAUUGAGUUUGUCUGCAAGCAUGACGAGGUGCUGAAGUGUUUUGUAAACAGAAAUCCGAAGAUCAUCUUUAACCACUUCCACUUCCUGCUUGAGUGUCCCGAGCUGAUGUCACGCUUCAUGCAUAUCAUUAAGGGCCAGCCCUUUAAGGAUCGCUGUGAGUGGUUCUACGAGCAUCUUCUUGCUGGUCAGCCAGACUCCGACAUGGUUCAUCGUCCGGUCAAUGAGAGUGACAUCCUACUCAUCCACAGAGACUCAAUAUUUCGAAGCAGCUGUGAGAUGGUUUCCAAGUCUACCAAUGAGAAGCUGAAGCAAGGGAUUGCUGUCCGCUUCCAUGGCGAAGAGGGAAUGGGUCAGGGUGUUGUUCGGGAGUGGUUUGACAUCCUGUCCAAUGAGAUCAUCAAUCCAGACUAUGCUCUCUUCACUCAGUCAGCUGAUGGUACAACUUUCCAGCCCAACAGUAACUCUUCAGUGAAUCCAGACCACCUGAACUACUUCCAGUUUGCAGGCCAAAUUUUGGGUCUCGCUCUGUAUCACAGGCAGCUGGUCAAUAUCUAUUUCACCCGCUCCUUCUACAAACACAUUCUAGGUAUCCCAGUGAACUACCAGGAUGUGUCAUCUAUAGAUCCCGAGUAUGCCAAGAACUUGCAGUGGAUCCUGGACAAUGACAUCAGUGAUUUAGGUCUGGAACUCACUUUCUCUGUGGAGACUGACGUGUUUGGUGCCAUGGAGGAAGUGCCUCUCAAACCAGGAGGCAUAAGCAUCAUUGUGACUCAGGACAAUAAGGCUGAGUAUGUCCAACUGGUGACAGAGCUAAGAAUGACACGGGCCAUCCAGCCUCAGAUAAAUGCUUUCUUGCAAGGAUUCCACACUUUCAUCCCGCCCUCACUCAUCCAGCUUUUUGAUGAAUAUGAAUUGGAGCUCCUACUGUCAGGGAUGCCAGAGAUCGAUGUGCAGGAUUGGUGCAGGAACACUGAAUACACAAGUGGCUACGAACCUCAGGAGCCAGUCAUUCAGUGGUUUUGGGAAGUUGUGCGAAGCCUAACCCAGGAAGAACGAGUUCUAAUGCUUCAGUUUGUCACGGGAAGUUCCAGAGUUCCUCAUGGUGGCUUUGCCUAUCUGAUGGGUGGCAGCGGUUUACAGAAGUUCACAAUUUCUGCAGUGCCAUACACCUCCAACCUUCUUCCUACCUCCAGUACUUGUAUCAACAUGCUGAAACUCCCGGAAUAUCCCAGCCAGGAGAUCCUAAGAGAUCGCCUCCUGGUAGCGUUGCAUUGUGGGAGCUACGGGUAUACCAUGGCAUAAUCGUCGUAUCCUGUUGUGCUGCUGGAAAGGUGUGCAGACUCCCCUCACACCACACACUCCACUGCUGUAUUCAGUUGCUGCUCUUCAUGGACAAAAAAAGGAAUGUGUGUGUGGGUGUGUAUAUAGAAUAGAAUAGAAUAGAAAGUACUUUAUUGAUCCCUGGGGGAAAUUCAUAUAUGUUUGUAUAUAUGCACAGUGGGGGAAAUAAUUAUUUGAUCACUUGUCGAUUUUGUAAAUUUACUACUUUCACAUAGAAAUGAACAUUUCAUAACUUAUGGUAUGUUAAUUUUAAAACAGACAGAAUAUAGACAAAGACAAUAAAAGAAAACCAUCAGGUAAAUGUUAUACAUUAAUUUGUAUUUAAUUGAUUGAAGUACAUAUUUAAUCCCCUAACCCCAGCAUGAAGUAUGACCGCUUCAGGCUGGUUAUGUGUACAUGAAACACAAAUUGUCCCAUUAGUAAGAAGCUCGGUAUAAGAGAGAUACUGUUUGCACGAUAUUUAAAAAAAAAAAUGGAAGAAAUGCAAGAUAACUGUACAUUUUUUGGGCGAUCAACCCAGAAUUACACAGGAGGAGCUUGGCAAUGUUAUUUAGGACUUUGCUUUAAAGGUUUGAGAUCCUGCAGUGCCCGCAAUGUCCACCUUCCCUAGAACAGACAUGUACACAAACAGAAGUUUGCCAAUGAACACUUAAGUGAUUGGAUUGGGAGAAUGUCACGUGGUCAGAUGAGACUAAAAUUGAGCUAUUUGGCAUCAAUGUGACUCGCUGUGUUGAAAUACCGAAGAAAACAUUGAACCUCAUUGUCAAAGAUGGAGAUGACAACAUUAUACUUUGGGGUUAUUUUUCAGAAGUUUAUCAAGAAGCAACACACUUCGAUCCUGUCUUUGGACUUUAAGCCAAUAAAAAACUAGAGUUGCCGAUUAACAGCCUCAAAACCUUAAGGAUUUUGAGAGUAUCUGUAAAGGGAAGUGGGACAAAAUCAGUUUUGAGUCGCGUAAAACUUGUUGAUCAAGUACAUGAAACAUCUGACUUCUUUGUUUAACUUUGCUUUUCUCCACCAAGUACACUUAUUGUUUAUGACUCAAACUGUUACACUCCCUCUGACUAUGCAGUCAACAGUUUUAAGCCAAGGGAAUUUUGACUUGUUUGAUUCUAAAACAUUGACAGAUAUCACGAUUAUGAACGACUAUUACAUAUAUAUGCCAUAAAUGCACACGCUGCCUUCUAUUUAUGGUUGUCACAUAAAAGCUUAUGCAAAAUAUGUUUUCCGAAACAUCGAAUGUCUCAUGUUAUCGCUGUGCCGCUGCGAUUAUUAUACACUGUAAUUUAUGGUAACCUGAAAUGAUAUUUACUUUUCUGCAUAAAAGAUAAUCUUUCAGACUCAAAAUGUUUAUGUAAUAUAGAAACUGUCCCACAUAAUUUUUAUCUCCAAACAUACUGUAUGUUUGAAUAAUGUUUGUGACUGUAAAAUGUAGUUUUGCUGGAGUUACUUUACAGCUGGCACAUUAAAUCAGAGAAAAUAAACAAGACAGCAAAUAGUACCAAGUCAUUGAAUUAUUGCACAGUAGAUACUCUAGAGCAGGGGUGUCAAACAUACAGCCUGAGGGCCGGAUCAGGCCCGCGAACAGGUUUUAACAGGCCUGCGGGAUGAGUUUUGUAAGUAUAAAAAUUAACCUGAAAUUUUUGAAUGAAAGAAACUGCUGUUCUAAAUGUGUCCACUGGAGGUCGCUAUAGCAAUUCUUUGUAUCUUUGUAAAUGAUGCUACAUAUGUACAAAAUAAACCACGUGAUGUUAGUGCAUCAGUCGAGUAAUAUGAUCAAACUAUAUAAAUAACAUCCUGUAAUUUGAUUUUGAUAUAAUUGUUUUAUCUUGAUUAAAAAUAAACACCAGUGAGUUGACUGAUGCACAUUAUUACAUAAUGUAUUCAGAAAAUAUAAAUAACGACAAAUAAAUGAUUAACCGCAACAACAUUAUGAUUUGUUCAUUUUCAGAAUGUGCUUAUUCUAUUUUUAAACAAAGAAAACAAUAUGACGUUGUCUUUAUUUUUAAGUUAUCGUAUCGUGAUUUUACCAGUCCGGCCCACUUGAGAGUAGAUUUUUCUCCAUGUGGCCCCCGAUCUAAAAUGAGUUUGACACCCCUGCUCUAGAGCCUCUAUUUAGAAUGAAUAUUAAACUCCCAAAAAUGAAACUAAAAUAUUUGUGUGAUUUCCUUUAAAUCAAUAUAAUAUUUGGUGUUAGCCAAAGAUUAUAAAGCAAUAUCCAUGAGCAAAUAAGGUUCUAAAUCAUAGAAAAAGUUGAAGUAUAAUAUAACAAAAUUAAAAUAAACUAAAACGCCAUGAAAUAACCAACAACAACAGUAUGGAACUAAGCUAGAACUAAAAAGGGCGGAAUGACGAGGCAAUGCAAGUAGAUGCAGAAAGAGUUCAUCUUAACUACACAGUAAAAUCUUUGCAGCAGCAAAAGGUAAAUUAUUACAAUGGAACAAAAAAAACCAGCACACUAAUUGCCAAUCAGCUGCAGGUGUGCUGCGUUCCACCCCUUACUAGAGGGAGAUAACAGGGUACACAGCAUGUGGGAGUCAAAUACUAAAAAAAAACCCAAAAAAAACGGUAACGUAAUCUAAAUAGCUCAACACACCCGAUGUUAAAAAAGUACCCACUUCAUGUUUGUACUUUCUGAAAAAAAUGUACAUUAGGUGUUGGACCUUUGGACUGAAAUAUGUAUAUAUAUAUAUAUGUGGGCUCUGUACCGAGGAUGUCGUUGUGGCUUGUGCAGCCCUUUGAGACACUUGUGAUUUAGGGCUAUAUAAAUAAACAUUGAUUGAUUGAUAUUCCAUACAUAAACGUCACAGAUCCUCAUAUAAGGCUAAAAUGCAGUAUUAUCAGCUCCCUGCAUCCAUCUGACUAACAUAGGUGUUACCACACCAUUACACAUUGGAAUAACCAUUAUCAUAGGGGGGGGGAACAGCCUCACUCAUAAUAAACACCCGGGGACAAAUCUACUGAUGUCUUUGUAUGCUGGAACAGGAACAAUGGCUUCCCCUGAUUUUUGUUUUUGUAUGACCACACUGUCUAAAUGUUUACAUACUUUCCUGUAUAUAUUUGAACAUCAGUUUAGCAUGGAAAAUUCUGACAUGUUUGUUUUUGUGUGUGUGUACUUGCUUUAUGUAAACCUAGGUAUUUGCAGUCGUUCCUCAACUUAUGAGCCUAAUUGGUUUUGUGACUGAGCUCUUAUCAAUGUCUCCCAUUGAAAUACAUUUAAUGGGUGCUUGCCCUCCUCCCCGAAACAGCACUGUUUUAACACAUGACAUGCCUUUUCUGAAGAAAAACAAACGUUUCUAUGAAAAAUAUUGUAUGAAAAACAGUACAAUACAAUGUACUAUGAACAACUACAGUGGUUUUAUGAAGUUAUGUAAGAAUAAUGAACAUUUACUUUGGAGAGUGGACUUCUGCGGUAUCUCCACACCAUCAGCAGCUUCUCCAUACUUUCAUGGAUACAUGUCCGCUGUUUCAAUAUUAUUUCAACAUUCUGCUUCAGUAUGCUGCAGACUAGCAACGAUUCGCUAAAACUGCUUUACUAUGUUGACUACAUGCUCAGUCAU